AGCGUGAGAUGCACACAAUCUGUCAGUCUUGAUUCCUUUACACGUUAUAUGCUCUUUUAUGUGCUGAUAUUUUAGGGACAUGAUAGCUCAUUGUCAUGCAUGCAUGGAGCUUUUUUUUUCUUUCCCCCACAACCCUGCUCUUGACCGAGUAGAUAGUGGUGUUAGUGGCGCAACACCACGACCUUUUUAUCUGUUUUACAACUCCUGCUAAGUAUUGUGCCUGUUGGGCCUACUUCUUGUAUCAACUUUGGUCAAGUUGAAUUUCCUUCACCAUCAACAUGUGGGUUUCCUGUUUACAUUAAUGCAAGUGUCUCUAAAUAAACACUAGGAUCGUGCAGAUUCCCAAAAAAAGUUAAUAUGGAAGCCCACAAAGACGCAGAGGAGGGAUGGCCUUACGAAAUUGGCUACCCACAGGCUAAUUGGGUUCCAACGAUACACUUCUCAUGUCAAAUGCCAGGGGAGGGGUUAGCCUAUAACCUGGCUAUAAAUUUUGUAGCUCACAGGGGAAACAGGCUGGCUACUUUCAGCGAGUGAUGCAUAAAAUCAACAUCAUAAUCAUUAUGCCAACAUAUAAAUGCUAAUUGCCUUUGCCUAUUUGCCAAACUAACUUAAUUUGAUGGUUGUCAACCAUUAACAAUGGAAAAUAGAAGGAUGAGAUACAUUCUAGUAUUGACUCGAGCUUUAUCCAGGAAAGACGAACCAGUGACUCAACUCCAGGUCCACAUGCAUGACUAAAACAGUUUUGACCUAUCUCUCCUCUCUUGAUCUAAUUUUUUCUUUCCGUUGAAUUGUUACGAAAUGGGUUUUGUCAACGAUGCCUUGGUGCAAAGUAGGCAAUAUGGGUCAAUGACCCAUAGGCAAUGUUGGAUUCUAGAAACAAGGACUCCAGUUUGUAAGCCCACUAUCCAGCUCCAUUUCAUUAUCAUUAGUUCAUUACCAUGAUUUUGUUGAAACGCACGUCUAAAUUGGUUUGAGCAGAGAUAAGAGGAAUGGGAGAAUGGAGCAGCUUUAUAUCUAUAGUGAGAAACCUCUCUUUGCUUUAUGUUACCCACAAAUAUGUCGGCACUGCUGCUAUUACUUAUGGUCCUAGCAUGCUUCCAACCUUAAACAUAACAGGCAAUGUGUUGUUGGUGGAGCGCAUUUCGAUCCGAACCGGCAAACUUCGACCUGGAGAUGUUGUGAUCUUACGGUCCCCCCAGACUCCUAGGAAGAUUAUCUGCAAACGGCUGAUCGGGAUGGAAGGUGAUCAAGUCACCUAUGUGGUCGACCCCAAAAACAGUGAUAGAUGCAAAACUAUUGUGGUUCCUAAAGGGCAUGUUUGGGUAGAGGGAGAUUACAUCUAUGAUUCUAAGGAUUCGAGGAAUUUUGGAGCUGUUCCUUAUGGUCUUCUCGAAGGCAGAGCUUUUUGGACGUUAUUGCCUCGUAAAGAUUUCGGAUCCUUGGCACCUAAACCAAAGUCAUAAUUUAUUCCUAGGAUUUGGAUUGGUAUUGGAUAACUCUUUUGUAUUGCCUAUCAAACGGGGCUUUGUGCACAUAACAUGUUUGUCAAAAUGUCUCCAAAAUAGCAUUGCUUUGUUGGGAUUUGAGAUUCUUUGAAGGCUUGUUUAGUGCAGGGGUUGAUGUUAGAGCUAUGGUAUGGAAUACGGAGAGUGGGUCUCAAUUUGUAAUUGUGCUCUUCCUUUUUGAUGGAAUUUUUAAUUGAUUUACAUCAAUAAAAU